UAUUGUGACGAGUUAAGAAGCAAUUGAGAAAUGGCUGUGGAAAUCAGCAAGGAAAUUAAACUUACCGGCGAGGCAUUGCAACAGUUCACGGCGGCCAAAAUCUUUCGGGAAUCAAAUGAGCACAAGCAAUCGCUGUGCUUCUCAGCCGAUGGCCAACGUUUGCUGGUCUGCGACCAUCACAAUCUGGUUGUCUACGAUUGCACCGCGAUGACGCAACGAUGCCAGGUGCUGAUGCAUCAGUUUAAUCCCGAAGUGGUGUGCUUCACCUCACGAACCGACCGAUUGCUGCACAGCUGUACCAAGAGCGACCUCGCUAUCCGCUACCUGGAUCUCACAACACGUCAGCAUGUGCGCCACUUUAAAGGACACACGGAUCGAGUGCAUUGCCUUAGCUUUCGACCUGGCCACGAUCAGCAGUUCAUCAGUGCUGGGCGGGAUCACAAGCUGCUGAUCUGGGAUCUGCGCACUAAGCAGUACACUCAGCGAUUGCAUCAUCUGGAGAAUCCAUUGUUGGCAUACGAUCCCACUGGCUUGGUGUUUGCUACCUCGGAUAAAACAAAUCGCAUUGAGAUCCACGAUGUGCGCAUGUUGAGCGAGAAGCCCUGUCACAAGUUCAACUACAAACUGAAAAGCACGGCCAAGUGGACGCAGAUGCAGUUUGCACCCAAUGGCGACUCCAUUCUGAUAAGCACCGAUCACUCGUGGUGCUUCAGCGUGGAUGCCUUUAGCGGCGAUUUCAAUCAGAGCUAUUCGGGCUACUCCAACGAGCAGGAGUUGCCACUGCCCGCCUGCUACACAUCCGACUCGCAGUUGGUGUUGUCUGGCGCCGAUGCGGGUCGCAUCUAUGCGUGGAAUGCCAACUCGGGCAAGCUGAUGGCUGUGCUAAUGAGCAACAGUCUGCAUCCGGUGCGUUGUCUGCAAUUCCAUCCCAACAUGGCUAUGUUUGUCAGCAGCGAUGUGAUGACCGUCUUCUGGCUGCCAAAGGCCAACGGUCAGUAUGAGUUUGUGGAGAAGUCAAGGGAGCCAACACCGUCGACACCACCGACGACACCGCAGACACCGCCAUUGCCUGCUAUUGAUCUAACAAACGAUCAAGAACAGGACGAAGAGAAGGAUGUGCAAUUUGUGGGGCGACGAAUGAAUUAUCCGCUCAGCGAGCAGCUGAUGAGAAGAAAUCGCCUGAAGCGACGCUUAGCCCUUGGUCAAGAGGCUGAUAGCCCAGAGGAUGGAGAAGUCUCUGAUGGCGGGACAGCAACAACAGUCACGUCAGAGGCAUAAACUAUCAAUCAGAGUAGCACUUGGAUUGCUGCCUGCUGUUGCUGUUGCAGUUGCUGGCAACUUGGGCAAUUCGCAUUGCAAAGUUUCAACAACUGGCAACGCUCACUUCACAGCUGGAGCUGCAACAGAACCAAACAAGAACUAGAACAACAACUACGACGACGACGACGAGGAUGAGGACAAGCGACUGUUGAACAACGUGAACAACAACUUGCGACGCCUUAUGCUUUUGAGACACACAAAUUGUCGAGUUUUGCCAGCAAAUUGCACAGCUGGCUGGCUACUAGUUUCUCCCCACCCCCCUUUUGGCAGAACUUUUGCAGUUGGUCGAAAGGGGUAAAUUUGAUGGCAAAGCUGACAAGCGUUUCAUUUAGUUUUCUGUAUUUGU